CUUCCUUUUCCGGUUUGACUUCAAUAUGGUGGGUAGAUGUAGUUAAAGUUAGCGACAAUAAUCUAUUAAAUCCAAAUGAUCCUUAGAUGCAGCAAUACGAAAUAACUCAACGUUGUAUGUUCAACUAAAAUAAAUUUCAUUACAAUCACUGUCUACAAUAUUUAAGUAGUGAGACUGUCAAAUUUAGUAUGGUAUGAUCCAUUUGUUUUUGUAACAGUCCUCUGGUUAUUUCCACGACCGGCUCGGUUUUAUUCCACAUUAGUUUUGUUUUGUUUUGUUUAGCCUAAUGGAUGUUUGUUAGCGUGUCUUCUGAUUAACCAUACAAUUAAGAAAGGUAAGGUACUAAGAAUUAAAUUUCUAAAAUCUGUUUCAUUUUAACCUGAAUACUUUGAACUUUGAUAAGCCUAAGUCCAAUCUUGUAAAUAAUUUUGACAGGGCUACCGAGGACGCAGAAAGUCGCUCAAGCGAUUGGCAGCUCCUAAAUCAUGGAUGCUGGACAAAGCUGGUGGAGUCUUUGUAAGUUAUAAUAUAUUAAUUAGUUCUUAAGUCGUAAGCUAGUUAUUCCUUAUUUAGCUGUGUAAGUACAUUUAUUCAAGCUCUAUUUAAAGGUGUCAUAACAUAUUACUUAUUACAAUUGAAUUUGAAAAGUAUGUUAGACCCUUAGGUCAAUUAACUAACCUUAAGUUGCGCAAGUGUUGGAUUUUUAAAAUAUCUGUUUUUCAUAUUAAUGUACUUAGGCACCAAAGUGCAGUGCUGGACCCCACAAGUCUCGUGAAAGCUUUCCAUUGACCCUUUUUUUGCGCAAUCGUCUCAAGUAUGCUCUCUCCUACCAAGAGGUUAAGAAGAUAGUGAAGCAAAGACUUAUUAAAGUAGAUGGCAAAAUCCGCACUGACAAUUGCUAUCCCACUGGAUUUAUGGGUAUGUUAAGUAAUUAGCUGUAGUGUUGACAGUAUUGUCUUUUCAUUAGCUUGAUUUAUGACUUAUUUUAAAAUAAAACAUAAAAUUUUGGAGGGUUAAAUUUGAAAAAAAAAUAAUUAUACCUUAACUCGUUCCGGACAGUUGCGACUAAAUGCAUCCUUUGUGGGUUUCUCCUGAUGCAUCCCGGCUCAUAGCGACACACCUCUAAAUUUUUAGUUAAAAAUAGCAAUUAAAUGGAGACUUCCGUCUAUGGCGCGAUUUCUGGGUGAUUUUAAUUUGAAAACCAGAAGUUUUUAUCUUGUUUAACUUCAAAACUACGUGUGCUUUAGAACAGCACGUCUAUGUAGCAUGUGUUCGUCCGAGUUGCCAAAAAUCAAUUUUUUGGCCAUCGUUCAUUAUUUUUUCGCCGCUAAUGUUAUAUUUUUUUUUAUUAAACCUUAUUCAUUUUUUGAUGCAUUUGUCCUUAUUUCAUUAACAUUUAUUAUUUAGCAGCCUAAUAAAUGUUUUAAAAAUGUAAAUCAAUUUCAAAACUGAUUUGCUUCCCCUUUCUCAGGAAAAUAAAUUAAGUACGGAAGUAGUACUGCUGGAGGGAAUGAGUUAACUAGCAUCAGCAGAUUUUUGGGUUAUCAGUAAGGUUUUGCAAUGUGUUCUACAUUAUAUACAUCAUGGAGGUCCCCCCAUGUCAUCUUCAAUCUAAACUAUAGACUUGAGCUUCUUCUGUAUUUAAAUUUUUUUGUAUUAUCUUUUAGUUUACUUCUAAAAUAUAGUAAACUGUCCUGUAAACUAUCAACUUGAUAUGGCAUAAGGGCACUUUCGACCCUUGUUAGCUGAAUUAAUAAAAUUGUUUAGAAAAUUUUAACCACAUCGAUUGUCAGAUUUAGUUUGACGUGAGUAAUGCUUUGUGAAGAAUUUGAACGUUCAAGUCCAGUGUUGGGAUUCCUCAAAGUAACAUCACUGUGCUUAGGGUGAGACGAUUCUUGUUAAAACCCAAUACUGCUAACCCAAAAUUUAGCAGGCCAUGUCCAUAUGCAUAAUAUUAUUAGACUAAAAAAUAUCUACCUUUCAGAUGUGGUGACCAUUGAUCGCACUAAUGAGAACUUCCGUAUCCUUUAUGACGUCAAGGGUAGAUUUGUUGUUCACAGGAUUAAAGCAGAGGAGGCUAAGGUAAGGUACUUCUGUAAAAUUUCUAAUUUCUAGACUGACAAAGACCAAUAGCAUUCCAUUGAUGAUAGUAAAAAGUUAAUCUUCAAAAUUUCACCCAGUAUAGGUCUAAAGUAACGCUUAGGAAACUACUGUAGCUCACAAAUUGAUUUUUACACAUUUGGCCCCUAUCGAAGCCAUGCUGCUUUUUUUAGAGCUGUGUGGUCAUAUGAGGGCAAAUAUUAUUUCCUCCAGACGGUCGCAGAUUGUGCCCCGUUGCCUCUCAGCAUACAAAAUGGUGGGACAGUUUUGAAUUCAUGAUGUCCAGUUAAAUUAAAAUGGUGCUAACUAUUAUGGCCACUUUCUUAUGUUUAAAUUUUGUUAAACACUUCAAGUGAGUAUCAUGUUUUAAUAAGAUGAAGUAUUGUUUUUUCCUCUAGUAUAAACUUUGCCGUGUUCGCAAAGCUGCCACAGGUCCCAAGAAUGUGCCAUACAUUACAACAAAUGAUGGCAGGACAAUUCGUUACCCAGACCCAUUGGUGAAGGUAAAUGAUACCAUCAUGGUUGACAUUGCUUCUGGCAAGAUGAAAGAGUUCAUCAAGUUUGAUACAGGUAAUAUUGCUGCAGUACAGAAUCACUAUUCUUUCAGACCUCAAUCGAAGCCAUGUUGUUCCAAAUUUUGGACUGUGUGGUCAAACUGUGGGUCGAUAGUGAAACCCCCAGACGGUCGCUGGCCAUUUCUAUCAUUGGCUAGCAUACAAAAUGGCGGGACAAAUUAUAAGCUUAAUUUUUUUUCCAACAUAUGCCCAUUGAUGUGCUUCCAGAACUUUAGUGAAUUUAAGUAGUUAAAAUUUUUUAUCAAAAUCUAGGUUAAGUAAAUUCUUACCUGUGUUAAAAUCUUCACAUCCCUGAGGGAUUAUAUUCCCUAUCAUUCUUUAAGAUGUUAGCCAACCUCUUAGUUUGGUAAUAGCCAAGCUGGCAUAUUAAAGUUAAUUUAGAAUUGAAAAUGACUACUGCAGAGUUUUUGCAGCUAAAUGAGCUUAUAGAAAUACAAAUCUGGGUGAUCUAUCAAAUUGAAAUGUAUCUUCCUAAAUGUUUUAUUUGCAGUACGGAAUUAUUUUUUAAAAAUUGUAAGCCAGUCUUUCUUUUAUGAGAAACAAGCCUUUUAUUCUGGGUCAGUGGGCUAGGUGAUUUGUAUAUAUUCAAGAAAAUUAAACUUCAGCAUGCACUUAUUUUAUAUAUAUAUACAGUUCUACACUGGUGGUAUACUUGCAAAACUUCUGGCAGUCUUGGUGUGUCCUGUGUUGCCAGUUAUUUCAUCAAUUUUAAGUUAUAAAUUGAAUAAUUUUUUACAGCAAUAUUAGCAUAUUUGUUCUGCCAAUUCCAAUUAAAUUUUUAAUAUGGGGGAUCAAAUUAAAUGCUUUGCUUAUUGACAAAUUGCUUUAGCUGUAAAACAAUGAAACUCAGUUGUUUGCAGUUUUUUUUUAAAGGCCUUUAUCGAAGCUUUGUUGAUUUGUAUUUGAACAACAAGGUCAAAAUAAGGCCUAAAGGAUAACCUCCAGACGGUCGCUAACCAAUUCAUAUUUCUGGUGGGCAUACAAAAUGGUGGGAUAUUUUCUUUUUGAUUGACAUGAAAAUUUACAAUUAUAAAUAUAUAAAAAAUGCGAAACGUUAAAAAUCCUUGGUAUUUGAUAGGAAAUCUUGUGAUGAUUACUGGUGGGCACAAUUUGGGUCGUGUUGGAACCAUCACUCAUAGAGAGAGACAUCCAGGUUCCUUUGACAUUGUUCACAUCAAGGAUGCUCUUGGACAUACCUUUGCCACCAGGUUUGUAUUUAUCUUUAUAUAGCUUUCUAAAAUGAAUGCACAACAAAUGUUCUUUUUUCUAAAAUUAAGUCAUGAGGGUUUAAACAGUUCAAGGGAAAGCUGUCCCUCAGUAAGGCAUUACAGCCAUGAAAAUUGCAUAAUUAUAGCUAGGCGAUCAAAAAAGCUUUGUGAGUUAUUUUUUUUUAUCUGAAAAAAAAUUGAUUGCACUGUGUGGACAGUUGUGAUAGAAAAUAUUGUUGAAAGCUAAAUUUUGAAAACUUUAUCAUGUCUGAAAUCUAUCAUACCAUUAAUUCAUUCAAAGAUUUAAUUGUGUGUGGAGUUUUUCUGGUAUCUAAAGACAAUUAUAUGUAAAUCAUCCAAUAGAUUUCUUUGCUUGUGUUAUUUUGAUUUCACAGUAUACUGUAAUUGUUAUCCUCAGAUUGUCCUAUGUCUUUAUCAUUGGUAAGGGCAACAAACCCUGGAUAUCUCUGCCAAGAGGAAAGGGUGUAAAACUUACCAUUGCUGAGGAGAGAGACAGAAGAAUAGCUGCCAAGACACAAUAAACAUUAGCGUCCAAUGUUAAUGUACACCUGUACCAGCAGAGUUGUUUGAAUGAUUAAUAAAUUACUGUACACUGAACUUGCACUUUUGUUUUUAUCUUGGAUGUUAUGUUUUCAAUGUUUUUAUUUCAAACAAGUAACAAACAUACCGUAUAUAAACAUAAAUACAAGUUCUCAAUCAGGUGUUGACUCUCUGCUUGCGUCCGGAACACGGUUCAUAAACACUCACUCCAGUCUCUGCGCAUGCGCAGUUUCCUUGGCUGGCUAUCGGCCCGCCCCUAGUCCACCCUAACAGAUGUGAUAUAGCC